UAUUAUAGCUGGAAGGGGGCUGAGCCAUGGGCUGGAUAUAAAUGCUUUCAAACUGAGCGAAGAGCAGUGCAACGUUGAUGUGAGUAAUACCUUUCGUGAAGAAACGGAUGGUCUGGUGCGAUGAUCUAAACCCCACUAAAACAGGGAGCGGAGGGGCGCAUCUUAAGUCAAUCACAGACGAACUUCCUUAUGUGACUCCAGUGGCUGUUUAUGGACUUUAGUAAGCUGCUGCGCCUGGGAACCUCUGAAGGCUCUUCUCGCAGAGCUGUUGAGACUGGCUGAAACGGCGCAGUCAUGCUGGCCCUGUUCUGCUUAAUGGACUAAGGACCUCCACAGAUGUUACCAAAAUGUGUCGGAGAGGAAGGGAAGCAUGGUUGCUUCAACCUGUACAUAAUUUUAUUUGAGGAAUCAUCUGUUUCACACCCUGGGACUCAAAUAAAAAGAAAGGUGAUGACCUUGAUGGUGCCAUGUGAAUGACCUUAGACCAUGAAGCCCACACACAAGCUGCUGUUUGUCCUGUGUGCCUUGCUGGUGCUGGGCUUUAUUUACUACUCUUCUUGGAAGCUACAUCUAUACGUAUGGGGACAGAAACCUCAGAAAGAUGCAGAGGAGACGUCUGUAGCGCUGACUAAAGGUGCUGAAGUGAAAAGAAUUGCAGAGCUGGAAAAUGACAUCAACGUUGGACGAAUAGUAAGCUCAGGGUACGAUAAGCAGGGCUUUCUGCUGCAGCUGGAAACGAAACUGCCACCGGAGUUGGCAUACAAGUAUGGCAACCUCAGCGAAGGGGUCUGUAAACCAGGAUAUGCAACAGCCAAAAUGACAUCCAUCUACCCUAAGUUUGUGAAACUAGCACCCAUGUUCCUCGACCGGAACUUCAAACAACACACAAAAAUCAAAAACUACCCGCCUCCAUUUGGCAUCAAAACUCAAGAGAGAAUAAUCGACAACAUUUUAACUGAAACAAGAAGUUUUGGACUCGGGGAGGACCUCGACAGUCUCAGCUGUAAAAGAUGCAUCAUAGUGGGAAACGGGGGGAUCCUGUACAAUAAGUCUUUGGGCUCCCGUAUAGAUGAAUAUGAUGUUGUUGUGAGGUUAAACGGAGCCCCAAUAGCUGGUUACAAAAGAGAUGUAGGGACCAAAACCACAUUGAGGAUUACCUACCCAGAGGGAGCAAUCCAGAAAUCUGAACACUAUGAAGGCGACUCACUCUUCGUCUUUUCUGCUUUCAAACCAAUUGAUUUUAAGUGGCUGAAAAACAUGGUCUUCAAGGAAAAACUGAAUCGUAUGGAGGGCUUCUGGAAGUCUGUAGCGCAGCAUGUGCCUCGGAAGCCAGCUGAAAUGAGGAUCCUCAACCCAUACUUCAUCCAAGAGGCUGCAUUCCAGUUCAUAGGCCUGCCAUUUAACAAUGGUUUAAUGGGGAAAGGGAACAUUCCAACUUUGGGAACAGUUGCUAUAACCAUGGCACUACAUAACUGUGACGAGGUGGCGGUGGCUGGCUUUGGCUACGACAUGACCGCUCCUCAAGCACCUCUGCACUAUUAUGAGAGCGUCAAGAUGUCUGCCAUUAAAGAGUCUUGGACACACAACAUAGCCAAGGAGAAGGAGUUCCUCCGCAAGUUGGUAAAGGCCAACGUUAUCACAGAUCUCACCAAAGGUAUCUGAGUUUACACCCAACUCCAGCCGCCUUCCGCCAUUUCUGUCGGAACAACGAACUGAAAGCUGGAUUGACUCAUGGAGCAGAGAACCGCCCCCACCAUCCCCUUAAGAAAGGCCUGCUCACUGCCGGGGAUAGAAGGGGAUAACUAUCAAAGAAGUUUCUAAGAGUUUUGAUGAAAGAUGCACUCAUGUGCCUUCAGAACCAAAGACCCCUGCUCAUCAAAGCGGGGGCAGAACAGGCUGCAGGAGGAUUGGAUCUGCCUGGCACCUGUUGAAGUAUUGCUGUGCUGGGCCCAUCACUAUAAAGUAUCACACACCUGAAGCGGAAUGGUAACAGUGAGAGGACAGUUGAAGGAAUGAAGCGAAACUGAACGUGUGGGGGAUGGGUUGAGUAUUAGCAGUGCCAAAUGUACCUCGCAAAGGGGAGCAGACCCCCCCUCUCCUGUUUUGUCUGAAUGUAUCCUCUGUAAAUAUCAAAGAUUUGUACUGUGCUUUUUACCAAGCUGCAGUAGCUCCAUGAUCACAUCCACUUCCUUCCGUUCAUUCACUCAUGAAUUCAUUCACUCAUCUAUUCAUCCUUUUCUGUGUUCAAGUGUAACUCCUUCCAUGCCCACUGGCAUCACACCACCUGCUACAUAAAGCAGCAAAAUCAUAAGAACGGAGCUCCACGAAAGAAGGCAUAGUGAGGGGUAUGGACUAGGGGUUGCACGACUUCAUAUUUGUUGAAGUUGAUGUUGUUAUGGUAAAACUUGAGUCGACAUCGACUAGUCACUGUGAUGUCAUAGAAACACAAGAGAAAAUGCUUCACAUUAGCUUACAGGCAGUCUUAGACACACAACAUGUCCAAGGAGAAGGAGUUCCUCCGCAGGAAUAUUUGUCAAUAUUCACAGCAGAUAUUGACAAAAGACCACUUAGACAGAAACUGUCAGAUCCUCCGAAUGCAGCUUGAACUACAUCUCCAGAUGUUGUCAUAAUAUUUUUCUAAGCGUAAAACCAUUUUUUAAAAAGAAAAACAAAAGGGACAGAAGACAUGUGGCAAGGAACAGAGGCUGCCGUCUGCGGCCUCUGUAUGCGGGGUGUCUGCUCUAAUCACAGCACCAUGUGAUGGCCCUAUUCCGGUACCUCUGUGGUAAAUUAGUUUGGAUUGUAUUUUUAUACAAUUCAAACUAUCUGACAAAUUCACAUAGUUUCUUAUUUUUCUUCUUCUUGGAAGUGUCAGUUUUGUCACAUGAUUGUGAUUAGUCAAUUAGCCACCUAAAGGAACACGGCAGAAUAAGGAAUCAACUAGUUGGUGCAACCCCUAGUUUUAGCCCUUUGCAGCUGCGUCACCUCAUCAUGUUGAGGCGCCAUGACUGAUAUAGAAAGUGAGAGACGGGAGCAUUGAACAGAAUUAUGAUUGUUUUCCCAAUUUUAUUUUUGCUAGAAUAACAAAAAAAUAUUGUGCUUCUUCUUUUUCUAGUCAGACUUAUCACAACAAGUUUGGAUUCCCUUCCUUCAGUUUGUUAUGCCUGUGUGCAGCACUCUGACCAUUUUUAAAGUGCAACCAGCAACAUGAAAGUGACAUUAGGUUACCAACUAUGUUUUUUAACAAACUUUACAGGAGUUACCAUGUGGGUAGGUUGUUUUGACGUCCGUCAUGGCGGAGUGUUACGCUUUCUGAAGAGCGUGUCGUCACAGUUAUCCAAAGACAAAAGUUUGGAAACUGAAGUAAAUUAAUUUCCAUGUUUUUUCAUCACUGAAUUGAACCACACAUCUGAACAUUUCUCACUCUCAAGGACAAGUCUGUUCUUAUUGGAAGACCCUUCCUAUUGCAGAUUCAUUAUUUAAAAGAAUUCCCUGUCACUUCUCCAGAGCAUUUAGCCUAUAUAUAUCAAUAUCUACUUUUAGCCACAUAUCUGAAAGGUUAGACACCAUCAACAUCCAAUACUGAAGAGUUACGACUUAGCACUAAGGUAUGUCUUUGUUUAAUGAAGAAACUGUAACGAUAUCUAUUAUGAUUUGAUUCAUAUCUUCAUCACUGCAUCCCAACCAGAUCAGUAAGGGGCUCCACUCUGCUCACCGAUAAGACGCAUGUUUCAACUCCCCUACUGCUGCAGGUUUUGUGUUCUUUAUUAAAUGGUAAAAUCUUGGUUUGUAGAAAAUAAAUAUGUAUGUAUUUUUUGUUGUUGGGUUGAUUUUGCCUGCGACAGACUGGCGACCUGUCCAGG